UCUCCUCUCCUUCCUCCAUCCCUCGACCCAUAAUCCUGAACACUAAGAGCCCUGGACGAAAAAUCACGCUACUGGCCCUCACCUACCCUCCCAGAGAAAUGCGCCUCUUCUCGCUCGGCCUCUGCUGUCGUUCUUCUUCUUUUUCUUCCUCUCCUCGCACUCUCGCCAACUGACACCAACGCUGCAUCUCUCGCUUCUCUCACUCACACUCACUCACACUCAUCCCCGACAUCCCCCCCUCCCCGCUGAUAACCAAUAACCCAUUUCCAACCUCAUCCUCUCUUACAAAUCAUUUCCUGACAGGUCUCAUUUCUUCCUAUUUCAACUAUCCACUACUGUCUCUCGCUCUGAUCUGUCCUGCCCCCUCUAACCCUCAUCGACACCCCUCUGUCUCUUCCGGCUCCCUGUUCAUCAGAAAAAAAGAGAGAGAAGAAAAAAAGAAAAAUAAGAUAAAAAAAAAAAAAAAGGAAGCAGUCGAGAUUCAGACGUCCAUCUCAAGGGGUUCCUACGUCAAGCGAGUUUUCCGCCGAGUAUGGCAGCUGGAACGGAAGUCUUGAACCAAAGUGCCUCUCACCCCGUUCCCACAAUGCCAUCUCCCACCCUCAACACAGCAACUGCCGAUGCGACCACCACCACAAAUAACCUCAAUGAUAAUUCCGUCCACACCUCCUCCUCCCUCUCUCCCUCGUCGUCCUGCUCCGACGGCGAAAACGAGCGGAAGACGAGAGCCGAUCGCCCUCGCCUGGCGCGUAAACCAAGUGCCUCCAUCCUCGUGCCCCGUGACCACCCCGAGAUUGAAAUUGAGGAGGAAGAAUUUCCGCCAGAUGAUGCUCGUGCCAUGAGUCCUCGCAGGAACUCCGCCGAUGUUGAGAGACUGAGCAGAGAGGCGAGAGAGACUCUCAAACAACAAGCAAAGACAUUACAGUCCUCCUUACAGGCUUUGGCUGAACGUAUCGAUGAAGUCAAAUCUGAUCAUGAUCGCCUCGAGAGCGAAAACAGGUUUCUACAGGAUUACAUUGGAGGGCUGACGCGCACAAUGUCGGCAAGGGCUGAGUUGACCUCCACGUCCGGUCACACAAAGGGGAGAAAGCAUCACAAGUAGUACGCUUUUCGCACGCUGCAACAACUGGCAGGUGGACCACCUGUCGCACCUUUUCCAAGGUCGUGUUGUUUCCUUCGUACCACACACACCAAAACUUCCGGGGGAAUGAAACGGCCAUGGUGAUAAGAGAACUUUGAAGCCAGGGUUGACCUUUUUUCUUUUUUCCUUUUUUUAUUCCGUUUCUUUCUUCCCCUUUUCUGGGCCUUUUCUUUUAUGACGUUAUUACGCGUUAUGACCUUCCGAUCGCAUUUAGCGAGCUCCUUUUUCAAUUCUCUCUCAGCUUAUACGCCACCCUAAUCUCCUAAUUUCAUGAAGCCGUUGCGCUCGCGGAUAAAAGCUUCUGUUUUUCUCCAUCGGCCAGUCCUUGAUGAUACCCGAACGUUUCGAUCGCCAUCCGUUUCCGCCAGUGUAUUUCUUCCAGUGGAGGCUCUGCGUUUUCGUCAUUGGACCCGGUUGCCUGAUGACCUUGCAAUGGAAACACCAUUAUAGCCGGAUUCACCCUAUUUGAGCGAAAGAUAUCCAAUCCGGUUCGGCAUCAGCAACGAUCUUCUCUCUCUAUUUGUCCGACACGGAACCCUGUGUCAUUCUUCGCCACUGCAGUCCCCAUUCGAGUAGCAAACCAAGCAAGGACAGUCUGGGUUAAUUUUUCUUCCCCCCGCCCGUCUUCUUGCCACAUCCCCUUCCCCAACGACAAGGAAAUUCGUGUUCCAUGUGACGACGCAGCCUCCCGUCACCAUCUCUCGGCGAAUCACGGCGGAAAGCUUUAUCUUCAGCCCACAAUGAUAGAUGGCCAUGUUUCCGCUUUCUGAUCCUUGCAUCCAUUUCUACGUUUGUCAUCGUUCCUAUGCGGGAGUCGGGUGUCCUUUUUUUCCCCCUUUGUUUUCAUAAGCAAACUCGGGUACGAAUGUUGUCUUGCCGCGUAAUUCCAAUGGUAUAUCCCAUGUGCUAAAAAAAAAAAAAAUUCCAUAUUGGACAACUCCUUUUUUAUCAUAUGACCGAAGGGGAUUCAUCAUCCUUCACCCUAAAAAACUGCCAGCCGGAGGUGAAAUAAGGUAUGGCCUGUGUUCGGCAAAUGGAUUACACCGGGGUGUCUGUGUGCGUGUGAACUGGGAUGGUGGCACUCUGUGCUUGGCUGUUGGGUCUCCAUCCGUCUCCUCUCCUGGUUUGAUUUGGCAUGUUGGAAGCCAGCCAGCCGGCCAGCAAACCCCAUCUUUUGUGAGUCAUGUUCAGCCGCUUCGUCUGUACGCGCCCGGCUCCACUGGCCUCUGUGGAUGGACCGCCAACGACAUGCAGAACCUCUCGCGCUUCCACACGUGGGCUGCAUUGCGUCUCUUUGUGUACCACUUGACAUUUGUUUACUCUGCGCUGUGGUUUUUUUUUUUUUUUUGGUUUGCUUUCUAUUUUUUGGUCUGCUUUCUAUUUUUUUGGUCUACCAAGUCUUAGAGGUCCUUUUUCAUGGGUAGCAAAGCCCGGUUUUGUUACUCGCCGUGUUUCGAAGCAGAGAUUCGGGUCACUUUCUGGAAUGAGCGGAUGGAGUUGUUCCUCUUUUUUUUUUUCCUUCUUUUGUUUUGCCUUGUUUGGCAUUUUUCCUUUUUUUUUUCUUUCUGAGUUUCGAUGGCCCUUUUUUCCCCCCUUCUCCCUCCCCCGUUUAUCUCUUCGCUUCUCACCCGGUGACAGCUGUUUGAAGAUUAUGAUUUAGGGUUCCCCCCCUUUUCUUUUUAACCUACGUUCUACUAACAAAAUUGCCAUUUAUCCUGCUUAUAUCUGUUGCAGCUUUUUUUAUCUGCUUGAUAACUCAGAUAUGUUCUUAUAGCCGGUUUUCUUUUGGCUUACUUUUACCGCUGUGACCUUCCUGGCUGGCUGUUUUCUUUUUGCUCUGGCUGCGAGCUUUUGAUAUCGAUUCUCAACAAAGUGCCUAUUUUUA